AUGUCGUACUUAAGCUUUCGUGUACAUUGUUCAUUUCUCUUCAGCUUAACAAUAUUAAGCCUUUUCUGCCUUGUAACAUUUUAUACAUUUUUAUGGCCAACAACUGAUCUUGAACCACAAGAAAACAUUUCAAAAUUUCCUAAACCACCUGUUGAUGUAUCAUUUUGGUCAGUUCUUUGUCAAGAAAAUAUUUGUGAUAUAAAAGCAACAAAAACACUCAAGUUAACUAAUCAUGCAUCAUCUAUAACACGUCAACGUAUAGAUGAACUUUAUCAAUUAGUGCAUCGUGCUCAAAAUGAUCAAAUCGAUUUAUCUAAUAUAAAAAAAUCUCAUUAUCUUGAUCCAACAUGGACUUUUGAAAAAUUUAUUGAACAAAAAUCAAAAAAUGAUACUAAUGAUACAAGUGAAGAUGAUGAUACAUCUGAUUCAGAUAGUGAGGAACGAAAAAAACCUAAACUUAGUUUUACCAAUGAAGAAAAAACUAUCAAUGAACAUGAUAAAAAACAAUUACGAUAUUUUAUACAUCAUGUAUUAGCUAAAUGGAAACAACAACAUUUAAAUGAUACAAUUAUAAAUUUAGCCGAUCUUAUGCAUGAUACAUUAGCACAAGAUGACCCAGAGUAA